AUGGCGGAUCGCACUCCCUCUCUGCCUUCCACAUCUAAGGAGAGUAGAAAGGAAUAUUACAAGAUUAGAGAUGCUUCUAAAGUUUAUUUAUUCGGUGUUUUUCAACGAUGGAGAGAAUUUAGAGAUGCCAAUAAUAUAAAAACGGACAAGGACGCCGCUGAAGUUUUGCUCGAUACAUAUUAUAAUUCGAAGUCGAAGAACUCAUGGUAAGAUAAUAAAGAUUUUUAUACUAGAAUAUUUUACACAAUUAUAAUGUAAACUUUGACUUUGUAUCUAAAAUAUUUUUGUGUUUUUAUAUUGUCUUACAUCUAAAAUUUUUAAUAUUUCCCUGAUGCUUUAGUGUUAGUGUGGAGAGCCAAACUGAUCCUGAAGAAGUGGGGCCUGUUUCAUCGACUGCUUGUCUGCAAGAAAUUCAACCAAUUACUCCUCGUUCAGGCCCACAGACUAGACAAGCUGUAAGAGAUAGUUUACCUUCCCCAGGUAAGAACUUGGAUCCUAAGAUUUUUAGUGUGAAAAAUCAUGGUUAGGGUGAAAAAUCAUAUUUACAGUACACAGUAAACAAACAUUUUAUUAUUUUGUCUUUACAUUGUAUUUAUAAUAUGUUCUAAAUUGUAUAAUUUUACAGUGUUGACCUCUACACCUCGCCCUUGUGCAUCUGGUUUUACCAGAACAAGCAGCUUUCCAUCGCCUGGUAAGUUUACUGCUUGAUGGGUAUUGGGUAAAAUGACUUAAAAAUUAAUAUACUUUGAUGCUAAAGUUUAAUUUUUGCCUACCCUCUUUCAUUUGUAGUUAGCGACAUAAACCCAGUGUCACCAUUAGCUCGCUCAAGUAGACGGAGUUUACUUUGUGAGAGUUCACCACUGUCGUCAAGAUCUACGAGGAUUAGAGAAGUUCCUGUUGAUAUCAGGUUUGUAAACACAUGAAAUACACUCUAUAUAAAGAUCAAAAUUUAACUGAUACAUGUAUCUGUGUGCGAUAUUAUUCUCAUGUAUGAAAUAUUAUUCUCAUGUAUGAAAUAUUAUUCUCAUGUAUGAUAAUUUUCCUAGCCCACUUGAGGAAACGUUGACAGCCAGUGAUGAAGACUCGGGAAGCGAUGAUGAUGGCAGUCUUGAGCCAACUCUGACAGCAACAUCCUUAUUGCCCAUUAAUGAAAAUUAUGAGUAUGUUAUCACUUUUAAAGUUGUAUAUUGGGAUAUACAUGUACCAUUAAUUUUCUAUGUAUAUUUUAAUUUAGAUUGCCUCUGGCUGAGACAUCCAUCGAGGAAGAAGUAUUUAACACCAACCUAGGUGGCCAUGACAAUAUUGGUGAGCAUGAACAACAGCUGACUGGUAAUGGGGAAUCUGAUAGCACUGGAUACACCUCUUCAGUACAGGGAGUGACCCCUGACAAAGCUGUCCAGAUGGAGAAGUGUAUUGUGUUUACAGAUACUCUCGUGUCAUUACUAAAAGAAUUGCAUGGGAGUAUCUGUAAACGGCAGGGAUGUGGUCGUUUGCUUGAGUAUCAAAGACGAUAUCUUGGUACUUGUCUUGUUGUAUCCUGGCAGUGUAGUGCUGGUCAUCAGGGAGGAAGAUGGGCAGCGCAACCAACCUGCGAGAAAAUCAGAGCGGGCAAUUUCAUGCUCGCAUCUGCAUUAUUGUUGUCUGGCAACUCAUUCACAAAAGUGGGGUUGAUGUUCAGAUUCUGCAAUAUACAGUAUUUUUCUAAAACACUGUUUUGUCAAUACCAGAGUCUGUACAUUGCCCCUGCUGUGAAUGAGUUUUGGGAGUAGCAUAAGCAGGAGCUAUGGGAUCAAAAAUCUGGACAAGAUGUCAAACUGAGUGGUGAUGGAAGGAAUGACUCUCCUGGACAUUCUGCCCAAUAUUGUACCUACAGUUUGGCUGAUAAUGAUGAUUGUGCAAUUCUCCAGAUGAACAUAGUUGAUGUUCGAGAAGCAGCUGGGAAGAGUAAUAAUAUGGAGAGGAUCGGCUUUGAAAGAGGAAUGGAUAAGCUUUUAACAUCCCAAAUGUGUAUCAAGGGGGUUGUGACUGAUGGUCAUUUAGAGAUUGCAGCUCUAAUGAGUAAGUGGCCCUGUACAUUUGUGUAGCAAAAAUAUAAUAUUCUAUUUCCUUGGGAAUGGAAAGAGAGAUCUACGGUACGGUACCAUGUUGCAUGCUCACCCAAUGCCACACCAUUCUGGCUAGUACAACUAGAAGUUUUUAUCAGUUUUUUUUAUGGUGAAGCGCUGGUUGUAUUAGCUAGGAUGGUUAAUAUGGUGUGGAUUUAUGCCUGUUCACUCUUAUAAACACACACAAAUUUUUCCUUAAGUGGCAUUUCUGUGGUGAUGGUUAGGCAAACAUAUUAUGUUGUUGCCAUGGAAAUAAUGUGCAACAGAAAGCUUUGAGUGAGAAAAGUGUAGUAAUUCACAAAAUUCUGUAAUGUCAAUUUUUAGAAUCAGCAGACAAAUAUAAAGAGAUAAGGCACCAAAAUGAUGUUUGGCAUGGCGGAAAGUCGUUAAACAAGAAAAUCAAUCUGUAAGAUUUGAUUAAAAGACUUGAAAUUCGAUUAAUUAAUAUUUAACAAUUAUUCUCUGAAGGUGAGGUGAUUAUCAUAUCGGUGAAUAAAAACCGAGAUUCAGUCAAGGUUUUUAUUCACGAUAAUUACCGAGCCUGAGGCGAAUAAUUGUUUUAUAUAAUUUCAUAGGUGAUUAUUUGGAAAAAUACAUGUGUAUUUCACUUAAUUUUGCAAAAAAAGUCUUUGUCUGCCAUUUUGAAAGUCACUUACCAGGUGAUUAUCACGUUUUAAUCACCUCAAUGGCAAACAAUCAGCGUGGAAAAUUCUCAGUAAUCACCUAUGUAAUUAUCACCUCGAUGUAAUUAUAUAAUUAAUAAUAGUUGUUAAAAAUAGGUACGUUGUGUACUGUACCACUGUUAUGUACAUUUUUUCAGUAAGCAUAACCAGAUCUGUAAGAAGCUACAAGGUUGAGUCUUCAGGUGCUCAUAUGCAGCCGACUACCUGCAAGAUUUGAGUGUCAAACACGUCAUAUUAUUAUUCAAGCACAUAGUUUAUUAUUAGGCAGCCAAAACAAAAGUAAAUGAAGACCUUGCAUUGUGGGCACCAUCUGUCCGAAAUCAUUUUUGGUAUUGUUCCAAAAACUGUGAGAAAGAUGUCAAGAAUGUGAAGGUAACAGUGUUGUAACAGAUGAGCAAUAGUUGGCUGGCUUCCUACUAAAACAGAUCCAUGGAUAUCAAAACAAGUUAAUCUGUAUAAAGCAGCUUUUGAGAGGUUUCAUAUAACUUUGAAGCGGUUGGUGAGGCGUGGGAGAAAAUUUAACGGCCCCUUACUGUAUGUGUGUUUUUAAAAUACCUUUAUUCUUGCUGUUUAUUAUGUAGGAUAAAUGGAUUGGUAUCUUACACCAUGUUGUGAAUGAACAUGUAUGGAUAUUGGAAGAAGGCUCCAAUGGUGCCAAAUGUGACUACGAUCCGCUGACGCAAGAAGAACGGAACAAACCAUGGCUGAAGAAAGGAUCACAGGCACACAAAGCUUUGACAAAGAUUGUUAUGGAUACACGAUUCCUGAAUACAUUGAAAUACUACACAUACUUCAGGUAAAAAGACAAUCAUGUAAAUAAUGGUUAGUAAUGCUUUAUUUACUUUUUAGAUUAAAAGUUGAAACCAUGGCGUACUGUAGUUGUCUUACCAGUUGUGUGUUUCUAUUAGUCUGGUAUGUACAGUCUGUACCAGGACAAUAUGACAUACAACGUAAUAUAUUACAAUUAUGCUAUAACUUACUGUAACUGCAUGCAUGGUUUGUUAUAACUUCUGGAAAACAAACAAUUUAUCUCCAUUUUCACAUCUAUAUAGGCACACUGGAUUCUUGGAAUCGUUCCAUAACCAUAUAUUAAUGUAUGCUGCAAAGCGUCAAUCUUACACGUAUGUACAGUAUGAGUAUAAUUUUUAUAAUUUAAGCAAUUAGAUUACAAACACAGAAACACUAUAGAUUUCUAUCACUAUGUCUAUGGUGGUAAAGCCCAAAUCAAAUAUCACUUCUUGGAAAUCGAGAGAGUGAAUAAUCUAACUGCUUCCGUAAAAAAAGGAGUAAGAAAACAAGUUUCAAAAAGUUUUUGAUAAUUUAUUAAUAAAAUUGUGAAGAAGUAAACCAAAAAGAUGGCUGUUGGCUAUAUUUUUACAGUAUCAAUAAGUAGUGACAUACCGUACAGUAAGUGACUACAGUAUAAUGUAAGUAGUUUUUACUAAAACUAAAUACAAGUUUAUCCCUAUCUUGAAUCAUAGGUUUGUUGGAUAUCGUCUCCGGAACCAGUUGGCAGCUAUUGAUUUUAACCACCACAGGAACAGAGAUGUAGCAACCACAGCAGAUGGUCGACCAAGGUAUUGUACUGUAUGUUUAGAAAUAUUUAUAAUUACUGAAAGUGAUAAAAUAUCCUGAUUUAUCUAGUAGUUACUAGUUAAAUGUACCCAAAAGGCAAAACCGAGAUAUGUUUAAUUCACUAUAGUGUCAACCAAUACACAUUACGCCAUCACUUUCUGAUAUAAUUGCUACCAAGCAUCUUUGCAAUUAAAUUUAAAAAAAAAAUUAUUUAGGAUGGAGCGUAAGUUUAGCAAGAGGUCAAAGCAAUGGUGUGCUGUUAAAGUGUUGGAACCCAAAGAGUACUCUUACAUUGAGAUGCUCUUUCUAAAGAUUUUUGAGAAGAGAGCCAACUCCACAGGUGGUGUGAGUCAAAGGAUUGGUAUUCUGGAGGAAGAUCCGAGGAGAAUUGCACCAAAUAUAUCUCUCAUCCCUCCUCCUUCCGUACAAUCACUUGUAGAGGCCCAUAAAUCAAGAUUUUAA